UAUUUUCCCAUCGACGACCUUCAGCCAAACCCUUAUUUUCUCUCUGCCUUGCCACUGCUGCAUUUCCUCUUAUUUUGAUCCCUUCUCUCCCCUCCUCUCUUCUCUCUUACUAUUCUUUACCCAUUUUACUCUUAGUAUUAUUAUAUAGAUUUAUGCUUUCCAUUCAACUCCAGCGAAUCCACACCUCUUGGUCAAAUCGGGCUUUGUCGUUCAAGAAAAUGGAACUUUAGAUGAGAGGGAUUGGUUCGAUAAGUUCAAUGCUGCUAGACUCUGAGUACAUUGGUUUACCAAAUUUCGUAUUCUUCAUUUCCAUGCCGGACACAUGUUCUUAGCUUAAAGUAUAUUGUGUUAGUCAGAAGAAAAUGAUGUCUGAAGAUGCUGGACAGAUGUUGGUCAUUUAUGACGAUCCUUCAGAUCAACGGUCUUUGUCUUUAGAUGAAACAAGUAGCACAGAGGAAUCACCUGAAGAAACCCGACUUUCUCUGGAAACCACUAACGAUGCCAUUCCAUAUAUCGGGCAAAGAUUUGCAACUCAUGAUGCGGCAUAUGAAUUUUAUAGUGAAUAUGCAAAGCGAUGUGGCUUUUCGAUCCGUCGUCAUCGCACAGAAGGAAAGGAUGGGGUUGGAAAAGGGCUUACAAGACGUUAUUUUGUCUGUCACCGUGCAGGAAAUACACCUGUCAAGACCUUAAAUGAUAGUAAACCCCAAAGAAACAGGAAAUCAUCGAGAUGUGGAUGCCAAGCUUACUUGCGGAUAAGCAAAGUAACAGACUUAGGAGCUGCAGAAUGGCGUAUCACAGGUUUUGUGAACCACCACAAUCAUGAACUUUUGGAACCAAAUCAAGUUCGGUUCCUUCCUGCAUAUCGAACCAUGUCAGAUGCAGAUAAGAACCGGAUCCUUAUGUUUGCCAAAACAGGAAUCUCAGUACAGCAAAUGAUGAGGCUGAUGGAACUUGAGAAGUGUGUGGAGCCAGGAUAUCUACCCUUCACUGAGAAGGAUGUGAGAAAUUUGGUUCAGUCAUUCAGAAAAUCAUAUCAAGAAGAUGAAAACAUAGAUUUGUUAAGAAUGUGUCGAAACAAUAAGGAGAAGGACCCCUACUUCAAAUUUGAGUAUACACUUGAUUCAAACAACAGGCUAGAAAACAUUGCUUGGUCAUAUGCAUCAUCAAUCCGGUCAUAUGAUAUCUAUGGUGAUGCUGUGGUGUUUGACACGACUCAUCGUUUGACGGCAUUCGACAUGCCACUUGGGAUAUGGGUUGGAGUGAAUAAUUAUGGCAUGCCUUGCUUUUUUGGGUGCGUGCUUUUACGAGAAGAAAAUUUGAGGUCAUUUUCAUGGGCCUUAAAGGCAUUCUUAGGUUUCAUGAAUGGGAAGGCACCGCAGACGAUAUUAACUGACCAAAAUAUGUGUCUCAAAGAAGCCAUAGCCAUUGAACUGCCUACAACUAAACAUGCACUCUGUAUAUGGAUGAUUGUGGCAAAAUUUCCAUCCUGGUUUAAUGCUGUUUUGGGGGAGCGCUACAACGAGUGGAAGGCUGCGUUUUAUCGACUCUACAAUUUAGAGUCAAUUGAGGAUUUUGUAUUGGGCUGGAGGGAUAUGGUCAACUCUUUUGGGUUACAUACUAACAGACAUAUUGCCAACUUGUUUGCAUUACGCUCGCAAUGGGCUUUGCCAUGCUUGAGAAGUCAUUUUUUUGCUGGAAUGACUACAACUGACCACUCGAAGGCAAUCAAUUCUUUCAUUCAAAGGUUUUUAAAUGCACAGACUCGGCUUGCACACUUUGUGGAACAAGUUGCUGUUGCUGUGGAUUUUAAAGAUCAAGCAGCAGAACAACAGACAAUGCAGCAGAACCUUCAAAACAUUUGCCUAAAAACUGGAGCUCCUAUGGAAUCUCAUGCUGCCUCUAUCCUCACUCCUUUCGCCUUCUCGAAGCUUCAAGAACAACUAGUUUUAGCUGCUCACUAUGCAUCAUUUCAGAUGGAUGAUGGUUUUCUUAUAAGACAUCAUACAAAACUCGAGGGAGGACGAAAAGUGUAUUGGGUUCCUCAAGAAGGCAUUAUAAGUUGCAGCUGCCAUCAGUUUGAGUUCUCAGGAAUUCUUUGCCGUCAUGCCCUUCGAGUUCUCUCCACGGGAAAUUGCUUUCAGAUUCCAGACAGAUAUCUUCCUUUGCGCUGGAGAAGGAUCAACACAUCACCCACAAAGCUUCUACAAGGUUCUUCCAGUGAUCACGCUGAGCGGAUUCAGUUGUUGCAGAGUAAGGUAUCAACACUUGUAGCCGAAUCCGCCAAAUCAAAGGAGAGGUUGGAUAUGGCUAUGGAACAAGUCUCCAUUCUUUUAUCUCACGUAAGAGAGCUGCCGGUUACAUCACAAGAAAGGCAAGAUGAGAAAUUUCGACUAAAAAGAAGGGAGGGGGGAAUCAGAUUGAGGUUAGAAAUGCAAGAGUUGAUGAAUGGUUCAGCAUUUGCAAACUAAUUUUGUAAUUAUGUAAUGCAAUCAAGAUAUACAAGUUGCACUCCAUAGGCAUAGUUGUUGCCUGUUCCUUU